GAGGCAGUGGAUCUCGCCGGUACGUGACCGCAACAUGAUGGACUUCUAAUACACUUUACCCAACCAACGCUGCGCUUCUACUCAACCAAAAAAUUGAUUUCGACUUAGACUGUCCAACUUUGUCGUCAGGAUGACUUUAUUCUGGCUUUUUAUUUUAAUAAGCGUUGAAAGCAGCCGUUCAGUGGUCUCAGGACACCGGGACGUGUACACAAACCACUGGGCAGUGCGGAUUACAGGUGGUCAGGAACAGGCUGAUAAAAUCGCAGCAAAAUAUGGAUACAUGAACUUGGGACAGAUAGGAAGUCUGGAUGACCAUUACCAUUUCCGACACAGCAGAGUGGUUCGCAGAGCUGCAUACUCUUUGAAGGGCCCCCACAGCUUCAUCCAUAUGGAUCCUGAGGUGGAAUGGGCCCAGCAGCAGGUAGUAAAACCAAGAGUAAAGAGGCAAGCCCAAAGUGACCCAAGCUUCAUUCAUUUCAAUGACCCUAAAUGGUCCAACAUGUGGUACAUUCACUGUAAUGAUAAGAGCAGCCGCUGUCGCUCAGAGAUGAACAUUCUGGCAGCCUGGCAGAGCGGCUACACCGGCAAGAAUGUAGUGGUCACCAUAUUGGAUGAUGGCAUUGAGAUGAACCACCCUGAUCUGGCUCAGAACUACUGUGUUAAGAUUGAUGUUACCUUGGACUCAGGGAUACGAAUGCUGGAUGGGGAUGUGACUGAUAUAGUAGAGGCCAAGUCCCUGGGAAUCCGGCCAGAUUACAUCGACAUCUACAGUGCCAGCUGGGGGCCAAAAGAUGAUGGCAAGACAGUUGAUGGCCCUGGGCCGCUAACUAAGCAGGCUUUUGAGCAAGGCAUCAAGAAGGGCCGCAAAGGCCUGGGGUCAAUUUUUGUCUGGGCAUCGGGUAACGGAGGUCGGCAGGGUGAUCACUGUUCAUGUGAUGGUUACACCAGCAAUAUCUACACCAUAUCCAUCUCCAGCACUACAGAGAAUGGAAACAAGCCCUGGUACCUAGAGGUCUGCAGCUCCAUCAUGGCCACAACCUACAGCAGUGGAGAGUUUAACGAGAGGAAGAUUGUAACCACUGACCUGCGACAGCACUGCACUGAUGGUCAUACUGGCACUUCUGUCUCUGCUCCCAUUGUGGCAGGAAUCAUAGCUCUCGCCCUGGAAGCCAACCUUUUGCUGACAUGGAGGGAUGUGCAACAUCUUCUGGUGAAAACAUCCAGACCAGUCCACCUGAAAGCUGACGACUGGAUGAUCAAUGCUGCCGGACAUAGAGUCAGCCACGUGUAUGGUUUCGGCCUGGUGGAUGCAGAGGCCAUGGUGUUGGAGGCUAGGAAGUGGAGGACUGUUCCUCAUCAGCACACCUGCAGUCAGAUUCCUGAGCGUCGCACCAGAACUUGUGUCAGCCACUGUCCGCUGGGAUACUACGAGGACAUAGUGUCUCGUCGCUGUGGACACUGUUAUAAAGGUUGUGAGAGAUGUGCUGCGCGAUCAGCUGGCGAUUGCCUCUCCUGUCGAAGAGGCUUUUACCUCAACAUACUCAACUCCAGCUGCACUGAUACCUGCCCCCCAGGGUACUUUGCUGAUGAGAAUCAGAGACAGUGUCUGAAGUGCCUUGAGCCUUGUAUGAGAUGCCUGAGGUAUGCAGACAGAUGCAGUGCCUGCAGAGAAGGGUACAGUCUGGCGGGGAUGACUUGUGUUCCUGAAUGCACCAACGGAACCUUUUUCCAUCUGGAAGAGAUGACAUGCAGCCCGUGCCAUUCCUCUUGUAGGACUUGUACAGGGCCAGGUAAGGAGGAGUGUAUCCAGUGUGCUGAGGACUACCUGCAGCAGGAGUGGAGGUGUGUGCAGACCUGCAUUCCUGGCUACUACUCUGGAGAGGCAGCAGGAGUCCCUCAUAAGAUGUGUCACAGGUGUGAGGAAAACUGUCUGAGCUGCAGUGGCCCCGGAACCACUUGCACCAAAUGCAAAGAGGGUUACAGUCUGGUCAGCAGGACUUGUAUUGUGAAUGCGUUCUGUAAUAAUGCUGAUGAAGUGUUCUGUGAGAUGGUCAAGUCCAACCGUCUCUGUGAGAAGAAGCUUUACCGACAAUUCUGCUGCCGUACCUGUCUGAUGAACGGAUGAGGAGUCUACCACACACCAACACCUCCUUCUCUUUUACUCUCAUCAGUGGUAAAAAGAGAACUGAACAGGAUCAUUUGGUCAAAAACUCACUUAUGGAAGUAAAAUUGCUAUUAAUUUGUGCUAUUCAUCUUAACAGUAUAUUUAAAGAUCCCCUCCAGACAUGUAUUCAGACAUUUAUAAAUAAUAAUAAUAAAGU